AUGGCUAUCGGUGCAGGAAUGUCUUGUGUGAAAUAUCUGCUGUUUUGCUUCAAUCUUUUGUUCGCGAUCACGGGUCUUAUAAUCCUGAUUGUUGGCAUCAAAUCAGAGAUUAAUUCUUCUCCGUACAUCAACCUGACUGAUGAGAACUUCUACACAUCAGGACCCAUUGUCCUGAUCAUAGUUGGAGUGAUUGUGUUCAUUGUUGCCUUCUUCGGAUGCUGUGGUGCAGUCAAGGAAAAUCACUGUAUGAUAGUCACUUUCUCAGUGUUCCUGCUGAUCAUCUUCGUGGCUGAGCUUGCUGUCGGCAUCGCAGGCUACAUGAGACACCAAGACCUAGAGAACUCCAUUGUAGACCACCUGAACAAGACCAUCAAGGAGUACCCCACUAACAAGGACGUCGCCAAGACCUUCGACAUCGUGCAGACUGAUUUGCAAUGCUGCGGUAUCUACGGUCCCGGUGACUGGGCUGCGAACAACAUCACCACCCUGCCCAGCACGUGCUGCUCAGGCCAGGAGAUCACCAGCGGAGUGGCUGCCCCAUGCACUGAGACCUCUGAACACUUCCACAAAGAUGGCUGCCUGAACAAACUCGUUGCUUAUUUCAAGGAUAUCGCUAUGGUGCUCGGUGGUGUCGGCAUAGGAGUUGCUAUUGUCCAGCUGCUUGGCGUUAUAUUCGCGUGCUGUCUCGCUCGCUCCAUUCGUAGUCAAUACGAAACCGUAUAA